CUUCUCCUCUCUUCUUCUUCUAUAUUACAUUUUCAUCUCUCCUUGUUCCCAGAUCAUCAUCAUCAUCAUCACGUUUCUCUUAAUUGUUCUUGUAUUUCCUAUACGAAAUCCUCUGUUUUGAUAUCAGGACAUCCUCUGUUCUAAUAUCCAAGAUGGCUACGGGUAAUAGAGGAGGGAGACAAUUGCCAAAAUUUGGGGAAUGGGACGCGACUAAUCCUGCAUCAGCACAAGGAUUCACUGUUAUUUUCAACAACGCUCGUGAUGACAAGAAGACUAAGAAAACCGCUGUCGCUGGACCUGAGAGUAUCGUUACACCUCCAAGAGUUGAAGAACCACAAAAAACCAACAACCAACAUCACAAACGUAAAUCUCAAACCCCGCGAUCCAAAAAGAAGAAAUGGCUUUGUUUCCGUUAACUCUGGUACUGGCUCUGUUGUGAGAAACCCGAUUCGCGAGCAGAACCGUGGAACCGAAUGAUUCUUCAACAAACUACAUCGACCUUACCUGUGAUCGUCUAUGGUGUUGUAGGAAACUUCUCUUCUUCUUCUUCUUCUUGCUCGUUGAGUUUCUCUUUGUUUUGGCCACAUUUGGGUUUAUGAAUAUAUACGUGUUAUUCUUGCUGCUU